ACUGAAUGGAACAAAUGAUUCGUGAUAUAAGUCCACCACCAACAAAGAGACGGAAGACUACGCGCAACGUCGUGCAUGCUGUAGCGGCGCAAUCGUUCCCCCAGGCAUUACCAACUGCUUCCCCGGACGUUAUCCGGAUCUAUUCUUGGAAUAUUAAUGGCAUCGACCCAUUCCUUCAACAACCCAUAACUAACUUUUUCUCGAAGGCAAAACACCUAAACCUUGAAAACAAUGGAGCACCUCAGACUGGAGCAUCACUUCGUCUGUUUCUUCAGCGCCACCUCUGGCCGGAACUGCUCUUCCUUCAAGAAGUCAAAAUUGCAAGCAGAGAUGAGAAGACACAGAAUGCCGUGCGUAGUGCCGUGAACACGCCAACUUCGGCUGAAGAUCGAUCAGUGUCCGGAAAAGGACCGAGCUAUGAAGUUCAUUUUGUCCUGCCAACCGACAAGCAGAACGCCCGAGGCUUAGGGGGCAGCGGAAAAGUGUACGGCGUCUGCAGUAUCAUCCGCACUGAUCUCGUGGUUACGCAUAAUGUCGCCGUAGCAGCGGAAACAAUCAAUUGGGACAACGAGGGCCGGGUGUCUUGCAUUAAGCUCCAGCCAUCGUCGAAGUCGGAAAGAGGGCUUGCGAUCUUUAACAUCUACGCUGUGAAUGGAACUGAGAACCCGUAUCGGGACCCUAAAUCUGGAACCAUCAUAGGCACGCGACAUGAUCGCAAACUUGAGUUCCACAGGCUAUUGAUGGAGGAAAGUCUGAGGCUAGAGCGUGAAGGGUAUAAUAUCGUCAUGGCGGGCGACUUCAAUGUUGCUCCCGAUGCCCGAGACGGGUAUCCGAAGUUGAGGACUUGGCCGCAACAGCACUGCGUCAACCGGGCAGAUUUUCUGGCAAAGUACUUGAGAAGACCACGGGAGGAGGUAGAAGAUGUUGAUAGCAGUAUUCAUUCGUCCUGGCAAGGAGUUGAUGUCUGGCGAGAGGCUCAUAUGGACGAGCGGCGAUAUACAUAUUAUCCUCGAACAAGAAGCUGGGGCACCACUUGUGACAGAGUCGAUUACAUUCUGACAAGCAAGACAUUAUGGGAUUGCGGGAAAGUUCUUGUGUCGGGAAUUUUGGACUCAGAAGCUGAACGAGGACCAAGCGACCAUGUGCCUGUCUACGCAUCGAUCAAUAUCAGCACGAACCACGCAACAUCUUCAAAUACCUGCAACACCGAUACAAAUACUAUGCGAGGACAAUAAGCUGAAAUCGUCCGACGCAGUCUUGCAGGAAAGUAGAUAUGUGGAUAUAUAUUUUAUACCCCAUUUAACGGCCCAUUGUAAGUUUAAUUGCAAGCUCGUCUCGAGGGUAUGUCCUAAACUUGAAGGGAUCAUACCAAAUCAGGAAAUCGGCGAUUUAUUCGGGGCGGGACGUUUGGAGUUGCACCCAUUCAGAUCCAUGUACCCCACUU